ACGGCUGCCGUCGGCCGCUCCGCCCUCCCCCGGCCCGCUGCACGAGUGCGCGGCCCGGCCUGAGAAUGCGGGAAGGGCUGGCGCUGCCCGGCGGCCCCGGCGCUGCCCCGGGGCCCGGCUUCGCUCCGGUGCCCGGUUUCCUGGCCAAGCUCUGGGCGCUGGUAGAGGACCCGCAAAGCGACGACGUCAUCGGUUGGAGCAGGAAUGGUGAGAAUUUCUGCAUUCUGGAUGAGCAGAGGUUUGCCAAGGAGCUACUCCCCAAGUACUUCAAACACAACAAUAUCUCCAGUUUUAUACGACAACUUAACAUGUAUGGUUUCAGGAAGGUGAUUGCCCUGGAGAAUGGUAUGAUUACAGCAGAGAAAAGCUCAGUCAUUGAGUUCCAGCACCCUUUCUUCAAGCAAGGGAAGGCACAUUUACUGGAAAACAUCAAGCGCAAGGUAUCUGCAGUAAGAACUGAGGAUCUCAAGGUCUGUGCGGAGGAUUUGCACAAAGUACUCGCUGAAGUCCAAGAAAUGAGAGAGCAGCAGAACAACAUGGAUGUCAGACUGGCUAACAUGAAGAGAGAAAAUAAGGCCCUGUGGAAAGAAGUGGCAGUUCUAAGGCAGAAGCACAGUCAACAACAGAAGCUGCUGUCUAAGAUUCUUCAAUUUAUACUAAGUUUGAUGCGAGGAAAUUAUAUUGUUGGGGUCAAAAGAAAAAGGUCUCUAACAGAUGCUGCAGGUGCUUCACCUUCCAAAUACAGUCGUCAGUAUGUUCGCAUACCUGUUGAAAGUGGCCAAGCAGUGGCUUUUUCUGAACAUAGUGCAGAUGAUGAGGACGGGAAUGGUACAGGUCUCAUCAUUCGAGAUAUCACUGAUACCAUGGAAAAUGCCACCAGUGGUCUCCCUGCUGUGGCACACACAAGUGGCCGAGCCAGAGAGCCACAGGCCCCUAUGGAUCCUGGCUUACCUAUUUGUCAAGUAUCACAGCCAAAUGUGUUAAAUUGUGCAGAAUCUAUCCCACCAGUUCAUAUAAAUGAUGUCAACAAACUCGGUGAAAUAGGAAAUGUUGCUGUGGAGCUCCAUACUGCACAACCUAAUACUCCAGAAGACCCCGUGUCAGUGAUUGACUCCAUCUUGAAUGAAAGCAGCUCUGGAAACCAAAACGAUCCUUUGCUGGACAGAGAAGAAAUUCAGGAUUUUCUUAAUUGCAUCGACGCCAACCUUGAAGAGCUUCAAGCAAUGUUAUCUGGGAAGCAGUAUAACUUUGGUUCUGAAGCUUUCAGUGAUACACUUAAUCCUGAGCUACCAGCCCUGGAUAUGAACUUGAUGGAAACUUCCCCUGGUAUGGAAAAUAUUGCAAACUUGGCAGAGAGCACUGAAGACCUGGGAUCAAGUGAGGCAGAAACAGCAGGAAGCAAAGAUAUGCAGCUGAUACAGUACAGGGCCAAUCCUCUGCUUUCAUUAUUUGAAGAACUACCUUCAGGUGAAGCUGCAGGGAAGAUAGAGGACCCAAAAGACCUUCUGCUGCCUCCCCUGGAGGAGAAACCUGCUCUUCAUCCUCCAUCAGGUAGUGGAACUGUCUUGCCGCUAGUAGCUCCAGCAAGCCAAGCUGAGCGUCUGGAUGCUCUGGGAAUGGGUGACCCACCUCUCCUCUCAGAAGAUGGAAAUGGAGAGUAUAAACUCUUUCCACUCUUGCUCCUUAGUCCUGUUGCUAACUUCAUAGAAGAGGCCUCUGAGAUAGAAACUUCUUGAACUCGCAUCGCAUCUGUAACUGGCUUAGCAAUGACAAAUAGAUAACAAAGUGGAUCAGCAAGAAGUUUGACCUCUCUCCUCGCCUGCUUCCUGGGUGUCAUAUGGACAUAUGUCUAUGGACAAAUGAAAGUUCUCAUCAAGCAAAGAGCAUAUCUGGAAAAACUGAAAAGGUGGUGAAAGCAGGAGCUGGUGGGAGUGGAGGCACUGGGGGUGGGGGGAAGAAAAACCUCCUUAUAAGCAUACCACAACAUAUUCCAUAACUUUUUAUCCAAUAUCUUUAUUGCAAGAGGAGAUUUGUUUGUAUCCUGUUUGUAACAUGUGGCUGGGUUUUUUUUUUUUCUUGGGGGGGGGGGGGGGAUGUGUUGGUUGUUUGGUUUUGUUUUAUUUUAUUAGCUGAAUAGUAAUGUGUGUAAUAUUUUAAACAUGGGUUUUACUCUUCCUUAGAGCCUGUUUCAGUAGAUGGCUUGUCUACUGUUUGGAAUUAGGAUUUAUUUCUGUUUUUU